AGGCGAUGGAGUAUGUAUGGUUACGAAUGGAAACGGAUUGUCGUAUACUAGCUUGGGUCGGUACGAGUACAGAAGUAUGACUUUCUACAGGGAAGACGAAAUGAUGAUUUUGCGGUACUGCAAUAAAGAGUGCGGCAAAGGUGGUACUGUAAAUUCAACAAUAACAUUUAUUUGCGACAGAGAGCAACUGAAGGGUGGACAGCCAGAACUGAUACAAUCAUAUGGGAAAAACGGAGCAGAUUUUAUUUUCAGAACAAGUUUAGUUUGUCCUCCGCUUGAGCGGGAGUGCAGUUACACUUAUUCCGGUAAUACUUAUGACCUGCAACUCCUAACAAGUCGAACAGGAAGCUGGAAUUACACAUCACGUAAUAAAGACAGAUUUUGGAUAAACAUUUGCAGAGGCAUUAGUGAUGGUCCUAAAGGUUGUCCAUCACAUGCCUCAGUUUGUAUGAUAAGAGCAGGAAAAGACAAAGUAAACGUUCUUGGGCUCACAAGCACGCAGAUGAUGACUUAUCAGGGUGGUAAGCUCCAGUUACAGUAUUCAGGGCUACCAUCGGAUGGCUGUCGCAAAGGUGUGCAUCCCAAAGUCGUUUUCUAUUUCGAUUGCGGAAGUCAUGUUGGUCAGCCUUCUUUAUCAAGGGAAGAGUGGUCAUCUUGUGUCGUUGUUAUUAACUGGAAAAGUUCGGUAGCCUGUAAAGUCAAGAGAGAAAGAAUUGAAGAAAACAAUUGUGUCGUCAAACAUCCCGUCACGGGCAGAAUCAUUGAUUUUAAAAAACUUUUGAAUGGAUCUGAAAGCACGUGGAAAGUUAUUGGACGAGACGAACAUGUUAAAGAAGUGUCCUAUUACAUCAAUGUUUGUGAUAAACUUGGUAAGGGAACAAAGGAUUUACCAUCGGGCUGUAAUGGAGACGUGGCUUCAGUGUGCAUUGAGAACACGCCGUUUACUGUGACGGAUAAAAGUAUUUAUUAUGAAGACUCCAUUUUUUCGCUUGAGAUGACGGCAGAUAAGGUCGUAUUUGUGAUAAACUUCCAGUGUUCAGAGGAAAAAGUGGGAAGUCCCAAGUUUGAUUAUCUUUCAAGCAACAAACAUUACUUCUUUACGUGGACAACUUCCGUUGUUUGCGCGGGAGAAUUGAGCCGCGAAGUAACAGAUAUUCCUGAAGCUGGACACAAAACAGUCAAGUCUGUCGGAAAGAAAAACUUGGGGAUCGCAUUUGGUGUGGUUUUCGCUGUUCUCUUGGUCAUUGUGUUUGUUGUUGUGUUUUAUAAACCUUCCAGAAGGCAUAAAAUCAUUUCCUAUUUGAGGGUAAACUUUAAGACACUUGUUCUUCGCAAAGAGAUCAAUUAUCCUACAUACAGAUAUCAAAAGCUCGAUGUCUCUGAUGACGAUGAGGCGGAUUCCCUUAUUAAGAUAGCUGAGGGGAGUGAUGACGAAGAAGAAAACGACGAUGACGAUCUCUUACCAUUUUAAACGGGAGGACUGAAACAAACUCCAAACCGCUGACCGCCCAUUAUAAUUACAGUUGGGAAAGUGAAGAAUAGUAAAUAUGAUGGCGGCGAGCGGCUGGGUUCGAUUCAGCCGGGGUCUGGUUGCAAUGUGCGAAACUCAGCUGAUCGUCUAUUUGAAGUUCAAGUUUUUUUUUUUUUUUUACCUCGGCCAGCGGUAGCAUUGCCGACAGUGGGUAGAACCGUGUGUAUGGUAAGACUGUCUUUGACUUAAGCUCUUCUCAUACAAAUCCUUAUGAAAACGAAGUUUUUCGAUACAAGAACGGAUAAAAUUUGUACCGUCCGUUCAUUCUUUUUCGCAUUCUUAAAAAGCUUAAUCAUCGAAACUGUCCCUCAAAGGAGGACGUACGACAGAGUUCACACGGUUAUUUAAUAGAUGUUUGUUCGUCCAUUCAGGCAGGGAAAGCGAGAGAUAAAGAAAGAAACGUCUUCAAAUUUAUCAUAACAAUGUAAAUUGGCGUUUUCGUUUAUAAGGAAUGACGCGACGGUUCGUUUAGGAUAAAUAGACUGGCGUGUAUUGGAAGGAAAGAAAAGGCACGAGCUCUUAUUCUGACUCAGAAGGAUAAAAUAAUUUGAGAGAAGAUUUGAAGUGUAGAAGAAUUUUUUCAGAGGAGAAUGAAAUGACAUUUUUAGCAGGGUCAUCAUUCUCCAAAAAUGUUAAAUUAACAUAGAAAUUUAAACGAAAUGGUUGGAUUUAAAGUAAUUUAUUGCCACCUAAAGUGGCAAGACGUAGUUCAGUAGUGAUAUAACAAGGAGGAGGAAGAUCGACAUGUUAGUGUUACCUGGUGAGCGAAUCCUCUUCUAAGGUUUGUGUACAUGCUUUUAUGUAAACGUCUUUGCAACACGAAGAGAAGCCCGUUUCAAAUUGAAUUCCUCCAACCCACAUUUGUCGGUUUGGAAUGGGAAACAUUAGUUGCAGGGCUAUUUGAUAAAUUAGGUAUUGCACUCUGGAAAGUUGUAUUUAAUGAUCAAAGGUGUUGUUAAUGAGCCGAUAGGAAAAUUUUUUCACUAAAUUAAUGGUUAUCAAGAA